AUCAGCCGUUAUGGCUAGAGAAAUCGAAAAAAAGCAAAUGUAAAUAUGAGCAGCUCUGAUUUGAAAUCACUGUUUCAGUUGGCGAAGUCGGUUAACGCGGUUGAAACUAUUUAUGUUGGCACUAAUCAGAAUGCGCACGGGAGCAGCAAGUAUUCUACCCAAUCAUUCCGUUAUAUCAUUGCGAUGGACUUUGAAGCCACUUGCUGGCCCAAAGAGACUCAGCAGUGGAAAGCUAACGAAAUAAUAGAAUUUCCGGCAGUGUUACUCAAUUUUGGCAAUGGGAAAAUUGAGUCCGAAUUCCGGCAGUAUGUCAUGCCGAUCGAGAAUCCUCGACUAAGCGACUUCUGCCGCGCGCUCACCGGAAUUCGACAGGAAGAUGUUAACGCAGGGGUUCCACUGCAUACCUGCUUGUUUCUGUUCGAUAAAUGGUUAAAACAAAUCCUAUCCGAGCGGAAAUUAGUUCUGCCAAAAACGGAUGCGAACAAUCAACAUGGUGAUGUGGCUUUUGCCACCUGGUCCGAUUGGGAUUUUGGUACAUGUCUUCAUAAUGAAUGUACCAGGAAGCAAACAAAGAAGCCCAGCUAUUUCGAGCAAUGGGUUGAUGUGAGAGCAAUGGUGACCGGAAUAAAUCGCCACAGUAAACAACUGCAACAGAAACAACCGCUUAGAAAAAGUGUAGUAGGCUAGAAAUAUUUGGCGCGGGAAAAACAUCAUGUGCCUCACAUUUCUAUUAUAAAUUUAUUCUCUUGUUCUCGUUUUUCGAAAUUUAUUCUGAGGACAAUGUAAUGGGGACGAAGUCCCCAUUUGGCGAGGAUAAGGAAUCGAGGCGGCCCAUGCCGCCAAGAUGACGCAAUCCGAGUCCACCGCCGACCCGCCGUCGGAAGCGGCGGUGUCUCGCACGCAAACCUGGGAUCCACUGAUUGCCCGGUUAGUUUGAAACAUAGGAUACGAUCCUUUAGCAAUGUCCGACCGAGCUCUAGCGAGCGUCGGACGGUAUACGUCUGCCCGGGGCGUUACGUUUGCCUGGGGCGAUACGUUUGCCCGGUUAAUUCUUGUUUUGAAAUACAAUACCGCGCCACAAUAUUUAUAGCCUACUACACAUUUUAUAAGCGGUGGUUUCUGUUGCAGUCGUUUUCUGUGGCGAUUUAUUCCGGGAACCGAGAGCAAUAUACAAGGUUUUUUAAUUAUUCAUGAAAUAUAGAUACACUUACUAGAAGUUUUAUUCUUCCAGAAGUUCUACCAGUACCGACCGCAAAGUUUCCAGGACGCAUUGAAUAAAUUAGGGCUAAGAUUUGAAGGUCGACCGCAUAGUGGACUUGA